GCGAUUUACUUAAAGCGCGCGUGCGACUUACUGAAACGCGCCUGCGGUUUCUUUCAACGCAUAAAAAAAUACUACCAUAUCACCUCCUAGGCUCCGUACAAACGUGAAGGGGCUCCUCAGAGUCAGGGUUUUCAAGCAGAUGCGAUCUGCUUGCUUCCUCCCUAGGUUUGAGGGCUGGGCUUCAGUGCGGAUCUCAUCUUUCACCUCCAUACUUCUAUCCAUUCGUCAUGGUGCUCGAUGCAGCACCCACUCUAGGCUAGGGUCAAGCACGGAAGUCUGGGUGGACCAGGAUUCACGUAUUGAUUGUAAAAUGGGGAUUCCUCAUCUCUAUGUUUUAUGGAUGGUGAUUAUCAGUGGAAAUGUGCGCGCUGGCGUCGAGCUCCUUCAGAGGCACGUGGGGGAGUCAGCGGUCCUCCGAUGCUCAGGCCCACCAGGUACAGAAGACACCUCGGUGUACGGCGUCCGCCUGAAGCGGUGCUGGCUGCGCGAGGAACAAGUGCUGUUCAUGCACAAGGACAGUGUCAAGCCGUACGUGCCGAACCAUCUCGACGACAAGCGAUUCAACGUCGGCGGUGACCCCAGCGGCCGGCAGGUGAACGUGACCAUCUCGGACCUGAGGCCCGGCGAUACCGACCGCUACUGCUGCGAGUUCGUAAUCGAAGCAACACCAGAUGAUAGGAUCAUUCCUGGGGAGGUCGAAUUCUUCAUCUACGUUGGUAAUGACGACCCCCGCUCGCUGGACGUAGUGCACAUGGAGACGUCCGCGGGGGGCUCGGCCGUGCUCCCAUGCACGCGCCCUCUAGGUGAGGGUCGGCAGGCGGCGGUGGAGGGGUACAGCCUCAAUCGUCAGAGGAGCUCAGGCCCCGUGGAGCUGCUCCACCAUUCCAGGGACCAGCGGCUCCCCUCCCCGAGCUCCAUGCUCCCCUCCUCCCGGUCCUCCUCCCCCUUCCCCGCCGAUCGGCUAGUGUUCGCGACGACGCCCACCAUGGGGGGCAUGGUGUUCAACCUCACACUGCUCAAUCUGCAGCCCCAGGAGAGCGGCUUCUACAGCUGCAGCCUGCUGCUGGCCAGCAGGCCUCUGGCCGGCCACAGCCUGCGCUCGCCCGUCGUCUAUGUUUCCGUGCAAGAAAUUCAACACCUGUCUGCAGGCGGUCAGUGUAACUGCUCCAGCUACAGCACUCUGCUCUAUGCUCUGUUUGCCGGCGUUGCUGUGUUGUUGCUGCUCCUGAUGCUGCUCAUAUAUUGGGCUAGAGGAAGGAUCCGUGUCAAACCACAAGCGCAGGUCCCCAUCUACGAGGAGAUGGUCGGGGUACGGUCGCCCAAACCGAAACUUGGCCCCUGUGGUAUAGGCACCUUCCAUCUGGAGGAAGCGGAUGUUUCUGAUUACAGCAACUCCCUUGUUGCCAAACCCCGUACUGAGAACCACUAUGAGAGCCCCAGCCUUGCAAGAAUCAUUCAGGGCUAAGGCAGGGCUCAGGGCCAUGCUUUCACUCUGUGACAUCGUCACACCAAUACCUCAGCACACAGGUGGUGAGGUUAAUCCUGGAACACCAAGCAAUACUUUGGAUAGAACUCUCUUAGCUAAAAUUGAGUUGAGUUGAGUUCUAAAAAAAUACCCUUUUAUAGGGCAAUGCUUGAAAUGUUAUAUGCAAAUUCUCAUUUUUAUAUCUCUUUUUGGAGAUUCUAUUUGUAAUAUAUAGCCUGUCUUAUGUGAGUUCUUUACUUCUGCAUAUUAACCACCCAUAUAUUUUUAGCAUAUUGUGGCUUAAAGCUAUUGCAGGCUAUUUGCUUAUUUUUCUUUUCAUGUUUGUUUGAAUUGUCUUAAUAUCCCGACAGAAAUCAAUAAAUCGAAUGCUUUGACAAAAAAAAUAAAAAAAUGUUAAGCACCUAUUGGAUACUUUCAACAUUUUGAAAAUAUUGUGACCCUUUGUGUAACUAGACUGCAGCCUGUAAAACACAUAGCCGGUGGUCUGCAUUUGGUUUGUAUUUCCAUAGUGGUCAUCAAAUUCACUGUAUGCAACGCCUUUUGUAUGAAAGUCUCACAAAUCAGGUUUUUUGGUUUGGUUUCGAGAAAAGACUAGUAUUAAAAAUGCAAUGUGUAACAUUUCAGCUCGAUUAUUGCUGAUCUUAUCAAUAGUAUUUGUUAUCAAUACAAUAGUAUGCUGUUCAUCUCGUAACUCGGUCAAUAAUCUUUCUAUUGCCACUUUCAAAAAAGGAAAAUUUUUAAUUGGCUAUAACAGAUCCAUAUAAUGUGAGACGUGAAAUUUGGUAGACCUUUCUUAUUGCUUUGUAAGAGGUCUGAUAAGAUUUGGUCGAUUUUGUAGGUUUUAACACUUGCACAAAUACAUUUUUAACCUGAUUUGGAUUUUUGGUAGGGAUAUCUGUGGUUAUUUUGCAUUCAUUGUCCCUAAUUUGCAGGAUAACAUAUUGAAAGUAAUGCUAAUAAAACUACAAAAAGGGACAGGACACUUGGAAACAGCCAAGAAAAAUUGCAAUUUAUUAAUAUAGUCGAAAGAAGCUUUUGUAAUUCAUGAAACAUUUUUUUCCUGGUGCAUGUUCUUAACAAUCACAUUCUAGGAGGAGGAAAAAAACAACAUUAAAAGCCACAACCUUGUAUCUCA